AUGGCCAGCCACGCCGCCCGCCCCGCCAAGGCCGCGAGGAAACCGAAAGUGCAGCAGGAGGACGGCAUGCUCGACCAGAUCCGGAGGCUCGAGGCGCACGUGCGGCUGAUGGAGCGGAGCUAUGUCGAACAGUUGCGGAAACGGGCGACGGAAGAGGAAAUACCAAAGGGUGAUGUUACCGAAGAGGAUAAGGACCGGGCAUACGCUGCCCUCAUGGCCCCGACGGAAUCGCUGUUCCUACCGAAACCAGCCGAGCCCGUGGAGCGACUCCCCGCUCCGAUCGUGAAGCGGUUGGGCGAGGCUGAAUUGGAACUUGUCAACUCGGAUGUUCCCGAGUGGAAGCUGGUAUUGACGAAGCUGGAGGAGACCGGCGGACUGGAGGGAAUGGAUGCCGGUGCGGUCAAUGGAAUGUUGGCUUGCAUCGAACUUGCCCAGCGGGUGGAGCUCUCGCCGAGGAUAUUCGAGAUGAUGAAGGAGGCCAAUAUCGAACCAGAUACCUUCACGUACGAUCUGAUGAUGGUUGCGUUUGCGGGAAUGCGCCUUCCGGCGAAGGUGAAGCAUCUGUUCAAACAAAUGAAGAAGAAGGGACUGAAGCCAACCGUCUACUCCUACGGCCAUCUGCUCAAAGCGUACUCGCAAGAAAACGACGUCGCCAAAGCCGCCAAAGCCUUCCAGGAAAUGCAAGCCGCCGGCAUCGAGCCCAACCUUGUCGUCUACACCACCUUGAUCCAGACCUGCAUCAACCGCAAAGACCUAGACACCGCGUGGCAGGUCUUCAACCUGAUCAAGUUCAAAUCCACAGCGACAGCACCGGACCAAUCUGCGUAUGCACUGAUGAUCCACGCCUGCGCUCUGGACGGAGAAACCGAGAAGGCACUCGACCUGUUCGCGGACAUGACGGAGCGCCGGGGGAUUGCGCCUUCCGCAGAGGUGUACCACUCGGUCGUGCACGCCUGCGCCGUCCGAAAGGACUACUUCUCGGAAGCGUGGCGAUACGCCGUGCGGAUGCAGCGCGAGGGCAUGGAGCUCAACCGGCGCGCGCUCAACGUCCUCGUGCAAGCCUGCGGGCGCACUGGAGAACUCACGCGCGCGCGACUGCUGGUGCGCCACAUGAUGGCCUCGGGCAAAGAAGACUUCGUCCCGGACCGCUUCACGUACCAAAACCUGUUGCGCUGCUAUGCGACGUGCAAAGUGAAGCGGCCGCGCCAACAACUUCUGGACCGGCAGGUAAUCGAUAACGACACGGCAGCAUUCAUCCAGCCGGGCAAAGAGCUGCAGCCCGAAAAGGGCGGCUUCAUCGAAAAGAUCCCGUUCCUCGACAAAGCCGUGCUGGAAACCCAGCGCCAGGUCCUCGACGAGGCCGCGCUGAUAGUCAACUGGCUCCGCGAGACCCGCCCAGACAUGGUCGAUAUCCAGAUGAUGAACUCGUACAUGGACGUAUGCGUCGCGCAGGACUCCCUCAUGGACCUGAAAUGGAGCUACGAGAACGACACUAAGAACCCGCCGAAUCCGUUCGACCGCUCGAACGCCGACGCCGAGGAGAACGCAGACGGUGACGAAACAGCCGGCACCGCAACAUCCGCCUCAGCCUCAGCCGACGAAGUAGACGCCACGCUACUAAUCGACCUCCCGGCGCUCAACCGGAACAUCCACACCUUCAACACGGCAUUACAAGGCGCACUAAAAUUCCGCAACCUCCCCUUCGCGCGGCAAGUAUGGGGAGACCGAAUGGUGUACUCCCGCACUCCCCUAUACCUAUCCCUCCCAAAGCGACUCCGCGACAACCUCGACUUCAGCGCCGAGCGGCACAUGAUCAACACGCUUGCGGCGACGGGGCUCAUCGGCGAGGCGCUCGAGCGCAUCAGGAUCCUCUACGAGGAGGGCGGAAUCGACUGGAAGUGGGAUGACCUUAAGGGCGUCUAUACCCGCGCUGCGGAAGUAGAGGAUGUUAAGACUAUGCGCUAUAUACGAUUCAUCACCGGUAAGGACGCUGCUGAGUACCCGCCAACGCUCGAGUGGGAGAGUGGUAUGUAAAUUGGAAAUAUGUUGUAUUUGGCUGGCUUGCUGGCUUGGUGGGAUUGGAUUGGAUUGGAUUGGAUUGGUACAUAUUAUUCGCUUCUCUGCAGUAGGGUGGGGUGUGGUGUGGGGGUGUGGGGUGUGCUUUUCGGUGGAUGGCUGGGUUAUGGAACUGGAACUGGAACUGGAAGUGUAAAAUAGAAGUUGACGGUGUCGGUGUUGGGGAGUUUUGAAUGUGCAUGUUGUACUUUACAUCAUGAUAUGUAACAUACCUAGUGUAGUGUACUAUAGACUGGCUACUGGCGGUGGUAGGAUUCAC